GGAAGUUUUCGUACUCUGCCCUGGAUCACGUGACCAGAAUGCUCCGGACUAAAAUAACAGUGAGGGCGAAGGAAAGAUUGUAGUCAAGUCUCUCACAGCAAGUAUUUUAAUCACCCUCUCAUUCAUCGAAGUUAGCUUAGGUUUGUGGAUGAAUUAAUAGGUCAAAGGACGUCUUGGCAAAAAGGUAAAACUAUAUCAAGAAUCGUGUAGCAGCCUACUGAGCUUGUCAAUAACUUAGCCAACGCGAUGCUAGCAAGUCACAUCGUCAAUAUUAUAUGAGUAACGUUAGCCGUACUAGCAACACCUCGGAGCAGUUGGACGCUGGAAUGACUGAAAUAAAUAUUUUAUUAUGACAUAGCUAGCUAGGUUGCACCUAUUAUUUUCCCUGGUGGUUUGUUUGCUAGUUAGUUGAUAUCCCACGCACUGUUGAUUCUAGCCAGAGAGCAAGGUUGAAGCUGUCUAGAAAGCAAUAAAAGUUGGCUAGCGUGAGCGCGAAAUUAAUUUGGUGGGUGCUUAGCUGUAGAUAUUAACCCAUUGGUUCUCAGUUAUAAGCACCGCUUACUGGUGGAACCAUGUGAACUACAAUCCCGACGCUCUGCUUUAACGUUUAGAAACGUCAAUCAUCGCGUUUGAUAUGGUUUUCAAAACAUAAGUUCCAUAUCUUUCAUAUCGGCGAGAAAACAUCUUUCAAAUAAAAUAUAUAUACUUACUGUAGCAGAUUUGCACAGAUCCAUACAUCUGUGUGCCUCCAGCCAACGAACUACACUUCCUUCCCAGUUGCCAUGAGCAGUGAGCUGAACGUGCCCAUGGGCUCCCCGGCCCCGGGGGGCUCAGAGCAGAUGCCGGAGGGUGGAGGGAUGGACUACAGGGACUGGGUGCGCCGCAGCUACCUGGAGCUGGUCACCUCCAAUCACCACUCUGUACAGGCCCUGUCUUGGAGGAAGCUCUACCUGAGCCGGGCCAAGCUGAAAGCCUCCAGCCGCACCUCUGCCCUGCUCUCAGGCUUUGCUAUGGUGGCCAUGGUGGAGGUCCAGCUGGAGAUGCAGUACAACUACCCGCGCAUGCUCCUCAUCGCCUUUAGUGUGUGCACCACGGUGCUGGUGGCUGUACACUUAUUUGCGUUGCUCAUCAGCACCUGCAUCCUGCCGCACGUGGAGGCGGUCAGCAACAUCCACAACCUCAACUCGGUCAGUGAGUCACCUCACGAGCGCAUGCACCACUACAUUGAGCUGGCCUGGGGCUUCUCCACCGCCCUGGGCAUCCUGCUCUUCCUGGCCGAGGUGGUGCUGCUCUGCUGGAUCAAGUUCCUGCCCGUGGACUCUGGUGCUGCCAACCAGGUGGCUGUGGCGGCUGCCGAACUGGCACUAUCUAAGGUGAACUGUAGUGGCCCCGCCGUGCCGUCCGCCGCUUCGCCAGGGCACAGCGGCUGGCAGGCGGCCUUGGCUUCCACCAUUAUCAUGGUGCCGGUGGGGGUGAUCUUUGUGGUAUUCACCAUCCACUUCUACCGCUCUCUGGUGAGCCACAAGACAGAGCGCCACCACCAGGAGAUCGAGGAACUGCACAAGAUUAAGGUGCAGCUGGAUGGGUGCGAGAGAGGCCUACAGGCAGUGUGAGCUCUUUAGCUCCUCUUUCUGCUCUUCUGUCCACUCUCAAUGGCAUUGAGAAGCACCAAAAUUCCACUGAAUAAGUGGGAGGAUUAAGGAUUUCUCCCACGCUACUAAUUUAUUGAGGUCAAAGGUUAGCGUAUGUUUGUUUUGGAAAAUAGUGUCUUGUCUCUGAGAGAAGUAGGAUCUGAUGUAUUGAGGUAAAUUAAAAUAGGACUUCUAUUCUAAUAUCUUGAGGGUUAUUUUGUUAGUUGUUCAUUUGUGCCAUCUCUCCACAAUUCAUAAAGGAAGUGGAGAAAAUCAAAAUAAGAUGUCAAACUUUACUGCGUGCUUGUUCUCACAAGGCAGUGUUAUUGUGGUCAUGCCAGGCUAUGAUUUACACAGAUCAUGGCAGUAAGCAGACACAGAAGCGGGUGGAAACAACAGUUAAUUUACUUUUUGAAGUUGUUCAUGUUGCGCCAAACAGUGUAAUGUUUCUCAGUAGGUGACAGGAAUAGGAGCACACACAAAUGCUGUGUGUAGACAUGCUUUGGGGGGUAUGUUCAUUUGAUAUGCAUUAUAAUCCAUAUUUUAUAUAGAACUCCCUCCCAAGUCCUUUAGUUCAUAGGCUACUCUGUGGUGUCAAAGAUAGUGAAUAGCUACGGUGCUUCGACGUUAAGACUUGUAAUCUCCUCAUAUUAGUGAAGGACUGCUUAUUUAUUUUAAGUUACUGUUAAUUAUUGUUAAAAUAAGAGAUACUACCUGCUCACACAGCAAAUUAAUAUUGAAGUUACAAUGUAUAUGCUCACCAAAGUAUAGUUUAGUGAACUUGCAUUGGCUUAUAUAACAAAACAGUAUAAACGUUGACAAAUAAUAGAAUGACUACAUGAAAUUCAUAUCCACUGUUAUGCAUUAUAUUUCUUUAUGACAUUGGCACAAAACAUGUUUUAUGUGCCAAAAAUGGCAAGGAAAUUGCUCCUGUUCUAUUCAAAACAACACUGACAUGUUAAUACUUGUCUGAACAUGUUUACAAUAGUAUUAUUGCAGCAGAGAGGGUGCUUACUGUAUGAUAAAGUAACCAGUGUCAAAUGUCAUUAGCACCAUUACUUUUUAUGGAAGUGUGUCGGCUAUGAUUAAAAUGAAGAGGGUUACUGAAUAUAUCACUGAUGCAAUGAACCAGGCACGAUGAUCAUAACUCAAUGCUUAUUGAAUACUUUAAUUCUUAAUGCUUUAUUGGUGGGUUUGAGUGGUGAGCUAUGAAUGAGGAAUGUAAAUACAGUCAAUGGUGCCAGUUCUCUUGAAUAAAUAUUUUUUUCUCGGCUUAAAAAAAAAAGUUAACAUUCCAAACAAAGAUUUUUCUGACCAAGAAUCUCCUUUCAAUGUGAUGGAAAAAGACAAAAGUGCACUUGUAGUUUAGUUUGAAAGUUAGUGUUAAUCCUAGAAUGUCACAUUGUUUUCUUCAGGUCAUACUUAAUUGUUGUAAAUGUCCCCUCUGAAAAAAGUUUAUUUGACCAAACAAAAGGAUUGUAUGUUGAUGGGAAAACAAUGCUGUCAAUUUGUUAAAACCUGACUUAUUUUGGAUAUAACAACACAUGGGGUAUUGUGGUACAUUUACUGCUUUCUGUGCAUAAUGUAGUCUAUUAAAGGUUCUGUGGAAUCGCAUGUCUUUUCAAAUCUUGUUAAUGAAUGUUAAAUAAAGACUCAUCUUAUUUUGUUAUUUCCAUGCCCUA